GGGAGGGAACUGUGGGCCGCUGUUGCCGCCGCCAUGGCUGAACACUUCUCGCUGGCUGACUGCGAUGUGAUCGGCUUUGACCUGGACCAUACCCUGUGUCGGUACAACGUGACCGACACCUUCGCGCUAAUAUAUGACAGCUUUGCUCAGUACUUAGUUGAACAGAAAGGCUAUGAUCGGGAACUUAUGACAGUGACUCCAGACUCUUGGGAUUUUUGUUUCAAAGGCUUGCUUUUGGACUUGGAAGAUGGAAAUUUGCUGAAACUAGGUGAAGAUGGAACUGUUCUGAGGGCUAGUCAUGGCACAAGAAUUUUAACAGCAGAAGAGAUAUUGGAAACCUAUGGGAAGAAGAGAAAAUGGAAACACUUCAAAACCAUCAAUGGAGUUUUUGCACGUUCAGGCAAAUAUCAUUUCUAUGACAAUUAUUUUGACCUACCAGGAGCUUUGCUGUGUGCACGGGUAGUGGAUCUAUUAGAUCAGAAUAGAAAUGUGAAGAAAUAUGAGUUCUGGAAGGAUGUUAUUGCUUCCAUAGAAUACAAUUACAAAGCAUCUGCCUUCAAAGAAGAUUCUGGAAUAUAUUUUCCAUCAGUGAAAAAGGAUCCAGGAAAAUAUUUACUCCGUUGCUCUGAAUCAGUGAAAGAUUGGCUGAGGAGACUGAAAAAUGCUGGGAAAGUAUUGCUCCUGAUCACCAGCUCGCACAGUGACUAUUGCAGACUUCUCUGUGAGCACAUUCUGGGAGAAGACUUUGAAGAAAUAUUUGAUAUCAUAAUCACAAAUGCUUUGAAGCCAGGAUUCUUUACACAAAUACCGCAACAAAGACCUUUUCGAACUCUUGUUAAUGAUGAAGAACGAGAGCCACUUCCCUCACUGGAGCAACCUGGCUGGUACUCUCAAGGCAAUUGGAGUCACCUUAAUGAACUACUGAAAAAGAUAACUGGAAAGGCUGAGCCCAAGGUCGUUUACUUUGGUGACAGUAUGCGCUCAGAUAUAUUUCCAGCCCACAGCUACAACAACUGUGAAACAGUCCUAGUGCUGGAAGAGCUGGAAGUUGAAGCCAGCCAACAAGUUACAAUGGAAAGACAGGACUCUGAGCCACUGGAGAAGAAAGGAAAAUAUGAAGGCCCGCAACAGAGGAUGUGGCCAGUGGUGUCCGAACAGUGGGGCUCCUAUUUUGUGGAUGGUGUCACAGGGCUAGAGGGUGAAGGUGAAACCCAGGUGCAUACAUGGUGCAGCAACAACAUUAACACUUACAGCACCAUUGCUAUUCCCAGCCUGCAGGCUAUAGCAGACUUGUCACUUGAUCACAAGUUCCCCAGGUUUUGUCCAGGAAAACCAAGAUUCACUGGAUACUAUCCAAGGCCUCCCGUGCCCCUCGUUCCAAGACCCAGUGAACCAAUAACACAAGAAUAAGCAUGCGAGAGCUGUUAUCUCAGCCUGUGAAGAAAAGCAAGACCCUCUCCAAAGCAACACAUGUUUUGUCCCUAGUGUGGCUACUGUGCAUUACCUCCAUAAGAGAAGUUUCUGUACUGUUUAAGUGCAUUUAGAAUCAGCUAAACUGAUGGUUUUAUUUUUGAAAAAAAGCUGUUAUAUCUUUAUUUUUUUUAAUUCCUCUUUCGGUGUUAAUGGUUGUAAGAGUAGCAUAAAUCAGUCUAAAUAUAGUUUAAGCCUGUUGAUUGUGACACUGGUGGAAGUAAUGUAAUUCCAUUUAUACAGGGGCACUAUACUAAUGAAAAUGUUUAGCAAACCAUUUUUGAUUUAAAAGGAAGAAAAGUCAGAAGAACUGUCAUUUUGAUCACAAUAAAGUCACACAAAAGUAAUGCAAUGAUGUGUUUUGAUGUGAUUUAUUUGAUCAUGUUGUAUGUUUAUUAAAAUUUUUUAAAGUAUUUACCAUGUACUUUUCCAAGAGGUGAACAAGCAAAGUGCUAUGGUCGACUUGUAUUUAAUCACAUUAGAACCAAACUGAAAUGUUUCCCUAUGAACCAUAUUACCUAUGUUCUAAUUAAGCGGCAUCAAUCGCAUUGCCACGAGAUUGGUGACUGAGUUGUCUAUUUAGAAAUCUAUUACGCUGUUGUAUAUUUUAUGGAUGUAAAAUGUAAAAUACAGUGUAAAAUAAACAUCUCUCUAUAGACACUGCUAUAAUAUUGGGGAUGGGAUAAUUAUUUUGCUAAUUCUAUUAUGUAGAUGGUGAAACUCUAUAAUUGGACCAAAAGUCAUUUCAGUGUUCAUUUUUGCUGUGUUCCAGCACAAGGACAAAACAAAACAAUUGUAUUGUGCUACAUAAGAAGGUUUGCAAGUAUUGACUUUUGACAUUGAUAGAAGUAUUUUUCAAUAUUUGGUGAAUAGAUCUGACAAAUUAUUGAUUAAACUAAAAUUUUAGUAUUUGUAGAAAAAUAUUGACCUCUGCAAUUAUUGGAUGCACUUAUUGUAUUCUGCUUCAAUUCUCAGUAACUGCAUAAGUCUGAACAUGUUCAACAAUGCAUUGUAACAGCUACUCUGUUUCCGAUGUACUUUGUUAAAGUGAUGUGAGCUGUGAGUCAAUCAAUAUGUAAACAUCAGCUUCAUCUUUGGUUUUGUAUAUUAAAAUAAAAAGGCUAAAAAAAUGUUUUCCAUAAUUAAAUCUUUAGGAGAAAUCUUUUCUCCUCUAAUGUGCACGUUUAUAA